AUGGAUUUUUCUACCUCGAAAAAUGAAAUACGUCAAUUUUUUUCUAUUCUUUUUUUGUCUGGCUAUAACACAAUGGCACGUUACAGAAUGUACUGGGAAACAGCAGAAGACACCCAUCAUGAGGCAGUUUCAAGUGCUAUGUCACGUAAUCGUUUUGAAGAUCUCCUACGUUACAUCCACUUCUGUGAAAAUGUAAAGAUUGACAAAGAUGACAAAUUUGCUAAAGUCCGGCCAGUCAUGUGUAUGUUGAACGAACGAUGGCUUCAGUACUUUCCUGGUGAUGUCUAUCUUUCAAUCGAUGAGUCCAUGGUACCAUAUUUUGGUAGACAUGGCGCAAAACAACAUAUCCAUGGAAAGCCUAUUAGAUUUGGCUACAAAGUUUGGAUGCUUGCUACAAGGUUAGGAUAUGCAAUUCAAAUGGAACCAUCAGGCAAAUCGACUGGUGCAACAAAUCCAGAACUCGGUGUGGGAGGGUCAGUUGUAAUGGACCUAAUUUCCGAACUUCCAUCAGAUAGGAAAUACUGUUUCUUCUUUGACAACUUCUUCACAUCUCUCAAACUACUGGAGGAAUUGCGAAAUAAUGGACACUACGGAACAGGAACAAUCAGAGUAGACAGAGUACAGGGUGCCCCUCUCCGCCAGCCUCAAGAUCUAAAAAAAGAGCCAAGAGGAACUUUCCAUCAAGUCACUGAUACAGACACUAAUAACCUUGUAAGAUACAUAGAUAAUAGUGUCUUUACAAUGGCAUCAACAGCAACAGGUGUUCAGCCAAUGGGAAAAGCAAAACGUUGGUCAAGUCAUCAGAAAAAGCACAUAAUUUUAUUAUCCUCAGCCUAA